CGGCGGCAAUCCGCCCCGUGGACGCAUUCGCUCGUACGCUUCAUCCAAAGCGGACUCACGCACGAGGAGAGACUCGUUGUUUGAUCGUCACAGCGUCGCCGUCCGUUGUUGUUGUCGUUUGCCGUCGAGUCAGACAAUCGUCGAAUUGCGACUGAGAGAGGCAGAGAGGCAACAGAAAGUCUUCCAUCCGAGAGAGGUUUGCCAGUGCGAAGCGGUUGCGCUCUCGUUAAAAAGAAACAGAGAGAGAAACAGGCCGUCGAGAGGAGGAUUUCGGUGGAUCGGUGAUUGGCACAGUAUCGAGUCAACGAGUCAUCGUUAUCCCGGUGCUAUCCUCGUCGAUAAGACGGCGGUGAAAAGCUUCCAGGCGCUCAGAGAUUAUUCGAAAGCUUGAAGAGUUUUCACUGAAGAAGAACAACACGGCGGAUAUGAUGGCUGUCGCAGCGGCACAGAAGAAUCGCGAGAUGUUCGCUAUCAAGAAAUCUUACAGCAUCGAGAAUGGUUAUCCAGCGAGACGACGAUCCCUAGUGGAUGAUGCUCGUUUCGAGACGUUGGUUGUCAAGCAAACGAAACAGAGCGUUCUCGAAGAAGCACGUCAACGAGCAAACGGCGAUGAGACUACCGAACGUUAUUCUUCGUCGAGCGACGACGAACAGGUGGAAACGUUGGCUUGCGCUGCCAAAGAUGGAGAAGCUAAAGCGGAAGUUUCGUCGGACAGCGACGUUGGCAAACCGGAGGAUUACGACAAUGACGUUGGACUGACCGAGGAAGAGGUGGUACUCGCUAAAACUAUAGCGGAAUGCCCGGAGAGCGAGUACACCGUGCAAAAGGCAGCGCUCGUUUUGCGUCUGAGGGAGGGGAUCAGUUCGUUGGCGAGGAUCUUGAAGACGAUCGAGAACUUCAAGGGAACGGUGACCCACGUCGAGUCACGGCCAUCGAAGAGGGAAGGUGUUCAGUUCGAGGUGCUCGUCAAGGUCGACAUGUCCAGGCAGAGCUUGCUGCAGCUGAUCAGAAAUCUCCGCCAGAGUUCCGCGUUGGACGGCGUCAGCCUGCUCGCGGACAAUUCCGUCAGCAUCAAAGAUCCCUGGUUCCCAAGGCACGCGUCCGAACUGGACAACUGCAACCAUUUGAUGACCAAGUACGAGCCUGACCUCGACAUGAGCCAUCCUGGAUUCGCCGACAAGGAGUAUCGCGCUCGUAGGAAGAUGAUCGCGGAGAUUGCAUUCGCGUACAAGUACGGCGAUCCGGUGCCCAGCAUCCCUUACACCGAGACGGAGAACGAUACAUGGUCCCGCGUGUUCAACACGCUCGUCGACUUGAUACCGAAGCACGCCUGCGUGGAGUAUCGGAGAGUCUUCAAGAAGCUGCAAGACGAGAAGAUCUUCGAGUCUCAUCGUAUACCUCAGCUGCAGGAAGUCAGUGAAUUCCUGAAGAAGAACACCGGGUUCACGUUGAGACCGGCGGCUGGAUUGCUCACCGCUCGGGACUUUUUGUCCAGCCUCGCGUUCAGGGUGUUUCAGAGCACUCAGUACAUCCGUCAUGUCAAGAGCCCUUACCACACGCCGGAACCAGACGCUAUCCACGAACUUCUCGGGCACAUGCCACUGCUAGCCGAUCCAAGUUUCGCUCAAUUCUCUCAGGAAAUCGGCCUGGCCUCGCUCGGAGCCUCCGACGAAGAAAUUGAAAAAUUAUCCACCAUUUAUUGGUUCACCGUUGAGUUCGGCCUUUGCAAGGAGGGCGCCGAGGUGAAAGCUUACGGCGCCGGUCUCCUGUCCGCUUACGGAGAGCUUCUUCACGCGCUGAGCGACAAAUGCGAGCACAGGCCCUUCGAGCCAAAGACUACUGCCGUUCAAAAGUACCAGGACCAGGAAUACCAACCGAUUUAUUACGUGGCGGAAAGCUUCGAGGACGCGAAAGAAAAGUUCCGUCGCUGGGUGUCCACCAUGAGCCGACCGUUCGAAGUUAGGUACAAUCCGCAUACGCAACGCGUCGAGGUGCUCGACAGCGUGGACAGGUUGGAAAACCUGGUGUCCCAGCUGAACACGGAGAUGACUCAUCUAACGAACGCCGUCUCCAAGCUCAAACGAUCGUUCGCAUAAAGACGAGAGGCUCUAUGCCCGCGUGACACGACAAGAUUACCCCUUUCGCGGAUCAUCGAGCUUCUUCGGCGUCUAUCCUAUGCGUGUGUGUUCGCGAGAAAUCGCAUAAUUUCCCAUCUCGGUUCGAGGUUUGCUACUUUCCAUGUUUUAUGCAUUUGCUCACUUAAUUUGCAAAUCCUAUUCUCGUUGUUGAGAAUCGUUUCAAGCGGAUUGUAUAUAUAUAUAAAAGUAUUAUAAUUCUUCUUUUUCCUCUUUUUUUUUGUUCAUUUUUCUUUUCUUUUCUUUCUUUCUUUCUUUCUUUCUUUUUUAUUAGAAGGACGUCGUUUAUUAUCGUUCGUCGUUUUUCAUCGAAUCCUUCUCACUCUGUGUAUAAAGUCGUUCGCGCGCGUAGCUGAACGCGCGCGCGUGUGCCCAGACCGUUCGAAAUGUGGAUUCGGUAUAUUUUUAUUAUGCGCUCGUGGCUUCAAUUAAAACGGGGUCACUCGCAUUUGCGUGACACCAGUGUCCGAUAACUUAAUCGUGCUUCCUCGUGUUAUUUAUUCCUGAAUCCGCGCUCAGCAUCGUCCACGAGCGUAACGCUCUUGCAAAGAAAGAAAAAAAAAAAAAAAGAAAAAAAAAGUAUUAUUAGUAGAUCUCUGUGUUCGAUAGAAGCGCGCCGAAUUUCACACGCUUUGAACGUUCCACGCGUAUCUUACGUAUCUCGUUAUUUCGUUCCGUUAUACGUACUGCUAAUUGUAUUUUAUUCUAUCGUAUUACACGUUGUUAUAGUAAUUGUAUUAUUGUGUUAGCGUUAGCCGCGUUCGAAUUUGCUUCGUUCAUUUGCGAUAGAACGUAAUCAACGUGUCGUCUUCGUUUGGAUUAAUUUUUGUUUUCAGACGGCUAGUAUUAUUAUUACAAAGCAACGUAGACUCCUUAUUUCUUAGAUAAUUAUUAACGAACACGUACACAUCUUGAGAAACCGUGCCUGUUCUCCGGUUGGCAGACUGUAACUGUACGUGUUAGGUAAAAUCGUUGUGGUAAUCGUGGAUCGUUAGCCGGUAGAACAGAUUCGAGAAUUUCCUUUAUUUUUGUAUUCCGGUUAGUUUCCAAGACCAGAGAACAGCCAUUGUUUCUCGAGGAACCAGUUAGUAUUCACGAAACACGAACUUCGAUGACGAAGUCACGGAUCAGUGUUGCCUUAGAAAACGCACCAUGUAGCGCGUAGUGCGAGUACUUGCUUACGAGCACCCUGCACCGUUUCCUGUCGCUAAUUCGUACCAAAUACUUCGCCGCGUUCGUAUCGAUACGCACACCUUUAUCGCGCUUGCUGACCUGUAGAAAAGCGUGUGUCUAGAAUUCCUUUGUAUUAUAUUGUAAAGUAUUCCAAGCAUAAUAAAAAGUCUAAGAUAUGAAUCUUA